AUGGCCCAGCCAGUCUCGCUUUCUCGCUGCUCCCAGAGACAAAUCAACACCCUUCUCUCGUCCUCUAUUACCCUCACUUCUCGCCCCAACCACUCCUCCUACAUCGCCCUGCAGUCCCGCCGUCUAUACCAGACUCAUAGCUCACCGCGCCGUCUCAUCCACCAACAGUCCCAAUUCUCACGACCGCAACAAUGUAUCGCUAAAAGAUCAUACCACUCCCAAUACCACCCCGAGCUGCCCCCCCACGAAUACACAAACUCACAAACCACCAUCCUCUCCACCGCCCUAAACCAUGUCCCCAAGCACGGCUUCACACUCGAAGCUCUGACCCUCGGCGCCCGCGACGCAGGCUUUCUCGACGUCUCGGUCCAGCUGCUCCCGCGAGGAGAAUUCGAUCUCGUCCUUUUCUGGCUGGCGAGUCGGCGCGGCCUUUUGCGAGGGAAAGUCGAGAACGGGUUCUUUGACAAAAUUGCAGCCCAGGGCAAGUCGUUGUCUGUCGAAGAGAAGACCAGGUUGCUUAUCAUGGAGCGGCUGCGGAUGAAUGCGGAGAUUAAACAUCAGUGGCAGGGUGCCCUGGCUCUCAUGUCCCUUGCUGGAAAUAUCCCUCUGUCGCUCUCCGAGCUGCAUGCUCUGUCCUCUGAUAUUUUGGAUCUUGCUGGAGACGCCUCGGUCGAUGCAUCGUGGUAUACCAAACGACUGUCUAUCUCCGCCAUCUACGCCAGCGCCGAGGUUGUCAUGACCCGCGACUCGAGUCCGGAUCUCUCCGCUACGCAGGCUUUUGUGGAUCGUCGUAUCGAGGAUAACAAGUAUAUAGGUGAUAAGAUUACCGGUAUCAAGCAGUGCCUGGGCUUCAUGGGUUCCACUGCUGUUGGAUUGGGUAGGAGUUGGGGUUUGAAGAUCUAG